GUACCCAUAUUCAAAUUCCCAUUUCCCUUAAAUGACCUAACCAUCACAAUAGGUGAAUUUAUGUUCAGAAAGAGGGAUGAGUGAGGAAGGUGCCUCCACAUUUCAGUAGAUCAAACGCUGCGCCCGCAGUUGGUUUGAUUUUGUUCCUCUUGAUAGGGUUUGUGAUACUGAAAUCUGUUUAUGUUGGAUACAUUUUGUGGAUUUCAACAGCUACUUGUCUGAUUAAAUGUAUUCAAGUGUGAAUAUCCAAAUAGGUACCCAGAACGAAGAAGUCUGAAUCCCAUCAGUUGAAGAAUGGACAGGAUUCAACAUCUGUUAUUAUGGGAGCCUGAUGUGAUCAAAAGCCUCAACGUCACCAAGGUCUCAGAAACAAACAUCGCCCUGUCCUGGUCCGCUCCUGAGGGCAACCGUGACUUCUACUACAUUCAGGUGAGGGGUCAACCUUAUCUGAAAAUGACCACACACACAGAGAGCGCCGUGGUCAAAGGCCUGAUACCGGGGGGGUACUACACAUUUGAGGUCAACGCCAAAGUGGAGGACGAGUCCAUCGAGGGAGACCCACUGAACAUCUCCUCCUACACCAGUAAGUUAGAACACUGAUGUUUGUUUGUUGUUUUUCCUUUGCAAAUGUU